AUGGUUUCCUGUGGAAAUACUUGUAAUAUUCCAGUCGACGAUCCAGAAGAAUUUGAAUUCGAUUGUAAAGAAUUCGGAGCUUCAGUAAACCUUGGAGACGCACCUAAAGAUAAAGAUCAAAAGUUUCAUAAAAAUUUAUUACCUAUUACACUAGGAGGAUUGUUUGCUAUAGUUAUAUUAAUUGCUAUUAUAAUAAUGUUUGUAAAAAGAAGAAAGGAACAGUCUCAAACUCUACAAACACAACCACAAUCACUACAAACAUCAACAAGUUUUAUAUACGUCGCUGAUCCCCUUAAACCCGCUCAUCCCACUCAUCCCGCUAAUCCUAUUCAUCCCACUAAUCUUACCAAUUCCACUAAUCCUACUCAUUCCACUGAUCCUACUCAACCCACUGAUUUCCCCCAACCCUAUAAUCCUUGUAAAUAG